GGGCUGAGGAUGAGGACGCACAACAUCAGGACAGUGUGUCUCAUCGUGUCUAUGGUCUUUUACCUGCUCAUAGGGGCCGCGGUGUUCGCUGCGCUGGAGUCCGAGAGGGAGAGCUCCAGGAAGAAGGCGGUGGAGCAGAAACUGAAGGAGAUGAAGGAGAAGUUCGGCUUCACGGACAGUGACUUCACUCAGAUCGAGACCGUGGCGCUUCGGUCUGAGCCGCACCGCGCGGGCCGCCAGUGGAAGUUUGCAGGAGCUUUUUACUUUGCCAUAACAGUCAUCACCACAAUAGGUUAUGGCCACACUGCUCCGUGCACCGAUGCAGGAAAAGCCUUCUGCAUGUUCUACGCCAUUUUGGGCAUCCCUUUGACCCUAGUGAUGUUCCAGAGUGUGGGUGAGCGCAUCAACACCUGCGUGCGGUUUGUAUUCAGUCGGGUUAAGCAUAGACUCGGCCUGCAGAAGACGGACGUGUCUAUGUGUAACAUGGUCCUCGUGGGUCUCCUCUCCUGCGCUUGCACACUUUGUAUAGGAGCAGCUGCCUUCUCUCACUUUGAAGGCUGGUCUUUCUUCAAUGCAUACUACUACUGCUUCAUUACUUUAACUACUAUUGGGUUUGGGGAUUUUGUCGCUCUGCAAGAGAAGGACGCUCUGCAGAAGAGAUACCCGUAUGUUUUAUUCUGUUUUACUUACAUUCUAGUUGGGUUGACAGUUAUAGGAGCUUUUCUCAAUCUAAUCGUUUUGAGGUUUUUAGCCAUCAGCAUUGAGGAGGAUGUAAGCAGUGAAAAUCAAAGUUCUGAGCCCAAAGAUACACGCGAUGGUCCAGAGUCAGAGGCACAGACCCAGAAUUUGCAGUGUAAGGAGGACACUCUAAAACUUCUAUGUUCCUGCCUGUGCUGUGAUGCUGAUUAUUAUAGCCCCGCCCACUUUGACCCCGAUGAAAUGGGAGGACACUGUAACCCUGUCUUCUACAACUCUAUCUCCUACAGAGUGGACCAGCUGCACAUUGUUCCAUCAACACCUCAGGAGAAGGUCAUCCAUCUGACGCUGAGAUGA